AUGUCUGCCAUUUUCAAUUUCCAGAGUCUGUUGACUGUAAUCUUGCUGCAUACCUGUGCUUAAAUCCGAUCCUUGGCACCCAGCCUCCUGGACAGAAAUAAAACUGGGUUGUUGGGUAUAUUUUGGAAGUGUGCCAGAACUGGUGAACGGAAGAGUCCUUAUGUUGCAGUAUACUGUAUUGUGAUGGCCUUCAGCAUCCUCUUCAUACAGUAGCUUGGAAAAAUGCCAGAAUUCAGUUGCCAUCAGAUUUAAAUACGAAAAAAAAAAAGGACUUAUCUGCAGAAAAUAAUGGAAAGAAUGGUUAACCCAUUUAUCUCUGAACAUUGAAUGAGAUAAAUUUUCAGCUGCUGUUCUCUAUUUUUGUUAUUGGACCGAUGUUCUAUAUCAAUAGUUAGGAUGUAACCAUUUAAUACUCAGAGUUUAAAUGUCUGUAACAAUCAACCUCAGUAGUACUGUCACUACAAUAUUACAGUCUGCAUAUGUCAUUCUGUUGUGUCAGAUG